GAAGAUCCGGGAUACACCCUGUAUGACCUCUCUGAACGUCUGCGUCUGCGCGGCUGGCAGGUUCCGGCCUUCACUCUCGGCGGUGAAGCCACCGACAUCGUGGUGAUGCGCAUUAUGUGUCGUCGCGGCUUCGAAAUGGACUUUGCUGAACUGUUGCUGGAAGACUACAAAGCCUCCCUGAAAUAUCUCAGCGAUCACCCGAAACUGCAGGGUAUUGCCCAGCAGAACAGCUUUAAACACACCUGA